CUGUCUAAAAGCCAUGGCUGGUCGGGAAAGAGUUGUUCACUUGUUGAAGCAGCUGCAACAGGCAUCAUGUCGGUGUCCUGCUCACUCUCACACUUACUCACAAGCUCCAGGACAUGUUGCAACCAGAACAACAGACUAUGCUUUUGAGGUACAAACGUUUCACUUAAUGGGUCAUGGUCUUUCACAACUUAAUCGCUUCAUCAAUAAUAAGGAUCUUCAGAACAUUGGGGCCAGAAACGUUUGUGUGAUGACUGACAAAAAUGUAGCCAAGCUCCCUCCUGUUAAAGCUGUCUUGAAUUCAUUGGUUAAGAAUGGAGUAAACUUUAAAGUGUUUGACAAGGUCAGAGUGGAACCAACAGAUGGAAGUUUCAAGGAAGCAAUAACAUUUGCUCGGCAAGAACAGUUUGAUGCAUAUGUAGCUGUUGGCGGUGGAUCUGUGAUCGACACGUGCAAAGUGGCUAACCUCUACACCUGCAGUCCUGAUUCUGAAUUCUUGGACUAUGUCAAUGCACCAAUAGGGAAAGGAAAACCUGUUACUGUUCACCUCUGUCCUUUGAUAGCAGUUCCCACUACAGCUGGCACUGGAAGUGAGACCACAGGUGUGGCAAUAUUUGACUAUGAAGCUAUGAAAGCUAAAACAGGCAUUGCCAGCAGGGUUCUGAAACCAACCCUUGGAAUAGUGGACCCAUUGCACACACUGCACAUGCCUGAACGUGUGACAGCCUACAGUGGAUUUGAUGUACUUUGCCAUGCACUGGAGUCCUACACAGCUCUUCCCUAUAACUUACGAUCAACAUGCCCCACAAACCCAAUCAAUCGUCCAGCUUAUCAAGGGAGCAACCCUAUCAGUGAUGUGUGGUCCAAGCACGCCUUAAGAAUUGUGGCCAAGUAUAUGAAACGUGCUAUCCAACGUCCUGAUGACUUCGAGGCUAGGUCCAACAUGCACCUUGCAAGUGUUUUUGCAGGAAUUGGCUUUGGAAAUGCUGGCGUUCAUCUCUGCCAUGGAAUGUCCUAUCCAAUAGCAGGAAUGGUGAAAAGUUUUAGAGCAAAGGAUUACAAUGUGGAUCACCCUUUGGUGCCCCAUGGCCUUUCUGUGGUUUUGACCUCACCUGCAGUCUUCACUUUCACGGGCUCUAUGUGUCCUGAACGGCACUUGGAAGCAGCUGAAAUACUAGGAGCUGAUGUGCAGACUGUGAAACGUGAAGAUGCAGGAUUAGCUCUGGCUGAUACUCUUCGGAAAUUCCUGUUUGAGCUGAAUGUUGAAAACGGCCUGAGUGCAGUUGGUUACAGUAAAGAAGAUAUCCCAGCUCUAGUCAAAGGAACUGUGCCUCAGGAGAGAAUAACCAAACUGGCACCAAGGCCUCAGACAGAGGAAGACCUGGCAGCUUUGUUUGAGUCCUCAAUGAAACUAUAUUAAUCUUGUUACAUAGGAUAGAGAAUUGAAAACUAUAUUAAGGAUGAGGGAACAUCACUGAAUGCAAAGAAACAUAAGCAACAAGUACUUGGUAACUAACUUCUCAAAGUAAGUUUUAAAUAUAUUACUGUAAAUGCUUUAAAGUUGAAAACGAUAACCAGCAAUUACAUUAAAAUUGUAGAUGACUAUUUUCUGACUGUCACUAAUUGUCAUACCAAUUCACUACCAUGUAUUGGUUACCCAGUACUAUAGCUAGGCCAAUAGAAAGAAAAAUCAGCCAGGAUGUAUAACUGUGGCUGCCAGAAUUCCUGACCUGCUGAAUUUGAAAAGUUCAAAUCAGACUGCGAGCAAGGAUGCCAAGACCUUGGAGAGGGUGCACAGAAGAUUUACUAGAUUGGUACCAAUAAUGCAGGACUUCAGCUUUACAGAGAAGGUUAAGGGGAGAUUUAGUAGUGGUGUUGAAAAUUGUGACAGGUUUUAAUAGAGUAACAAAUGACAAACUGUUUCCACUAUGACGAAGGUCGGUAACCAGAGAUCACAGAUUUAAGAUAAUUGGCAAAAGGACCAGAGAGGAGAUGAGAAUUUUUUUACAGAGUUAUAAUGAUCUG